AAGAGAGAGGUGAUGAAAGAAUGUCGACACUAUCACGCUCAUUCCACCCAAAAAAUCCGAACCGAAACACCAACUUCUUCUUCUCCCACUCAUCUAUCCUCCAUAUGACGACACUCCUUGUUUUUUUCUCUUUCAAGAAUUCGAUGCCCUGCGUGCUCACCAUCGAUCAUCCCCAUUUUUAUUCUUUUUUUAUUUAUACUUAUCAACUCAACUUUCUCAUCUCUUCUCCCUAUAAACCAUUUCAUCCUCUUUUUUACCCACCGAUCCAUUUUCAUUCCCAUGUUUUUUUUCGAGGAUCUCUGGCAAGUACUUCUUCAGUACCUCAUCGAAAAAACUCGCUUCUUUUCUGAAAAGGAAUCGUUCAUCGGACUCAGUAAAUCAAUGACGAACUCAACAUGCGGAGGAGCUGAGUCAGACCUAUGCCGAGAUGAGUCCGCCGCGUUCAUUCUCAAAUUCAUAGCGAUGGCGUCAAUUCUCUUAGCAGGUAUGGCCGGGAUUGCUAUUCCUCUCAUCGGAAAACACCGACGGUUUCUUAAAACCGACGGCAACCUCUUCGUCGCCGCGAAGGCUUUUGCUGCCGGCGUAAUUCUCGCCACCGGUUUUGUUCAUAUGCUAUCCGAUGCAACAAAAGCGCUAAACAGUCCUUGCUUGCCGGAGUUUCCGUGGUCGAAGUUUCCGUUCACGGGGUUUUUUGCUAUGAUGGCUGCACUGUUUACGCUUUUGCUUGAUUUCGUUGGAACUCAGUAUUAUGAACGGAAACAAGGAGUGAACCGGUCGGUGGAAGAGCAAGCGAGGGUGGGGACGUUGGAAGAGGGAAUUGCGGGGAAAGUGUUUGGAGAAGAAGAAAGCGGUGGAAUGCAUAUAGUAGGGAUGCAUGCACAUGCGGCGCAUCAUAGACAUCACCAUGCUCAUGGUAAUGAGGCAUGUGAUGGUCAUGGUAUCAUGAAGGAAGAACAUGGCCAUUCUCACGCUCACGCACUCGGAACUGCUGAUGAAGAAACUGACGUACGACACGUCGUCGUUUCUCAGGUUUUGGAGCUUGGGAUAGUAUCACAUUCAGUGAUAAUUGGAUUAUCUCUGGGAGUUUCUCAAAGUCCAUGUGCUAUAAGGCCUCUAAUUGCAGCAUUAUCAUUCCAUCAAUUUUUUGAAGGGUUUGCACUUGGAGGGUGCAUCUCCCAGGCUCAAUUCAAGGCCUCAUCAGCAACAAUAAUGGCUUGUUUUUUUGCACUGACUACACCUAUUGGUGUUGGCAUUGGAACAGGCAUUGCUUCAGUUUAUAACCCUUACAGUCCUGGUGCACUCAUUGCUGAAGGUAUAUUGGACUCAUUGUCAGCAGGGAUUUUAGUUUAUAUGGCUUUAGUAGAUUUGAUAGCGGCUGAUUUUCUUAGCAAAAGAAUGAGUUGUAACUUUAGGCUGCAGUUAGUAUCUUAUUGUAUGCUUUUCCUUGGAGCUGGGUUAAUGUCUUCAUUAGCAAUAUGGGCAUGAACAUUUUUGCUUGGAGUAAUUGACACUCUGUUUCAUUAUAGAUAGAUGUGCUCAAUUUAUUGGGAAGAGGUGAGACAUUAAUAGAUAUUGGUUCACAAUGUGUUA